AUGACAACAAUUGAUGUGACAUCCCACCCCCAUGUAGUAAAUGAUAAAAUAAAGGUUGAUUAUGAUGAUGAUGAUGAUGAUGGUGAUGAUGGUGAUGAUAUACCCACAAUGAAAACUUUAUUAGUGAAUAUUUAUCCAGUACUGCUAUAUUUGAAAAAUGCCAAAUUUAAGAAUAAGGCAGGAGAGGAUGUAUUUUAUGAUGAAUUUGGUGAUUCCCCGGCCUUGUUUGACAUCCAGAACUGGCAGAUGUCACCCAAUGGUGCUGGCAGGUAUAUCAAGGUGGGGUACUUUGAUGGCAGUGCCCCACCUGGACAGUCAUUGGUUAUCAAUGAAAGUGCCAUAAGCUGGAGUGCAGAACAUACAAAGGCCCCCCGCUCUGUUUGUAGUGACAGCUGUUCUUGUGGAUUUAGACAAGCUACUCGUAAGGGUCAGCCUGUCUGUUGUUUCGACUGUAUUCUGUGUCCUAAGGGAGAGAUUACCAACCAAACAGAUCUCAGAGAAUGCAUAAAAUGCCCACAAGAGCAGUGGUCCAGUGAUAAACAAGACACAUGUGUCCCCAGAGUUGUGGAAUUCCUGUCUUAUGAAGAUCCAUUAGGAGCUGCUUUGGCUUCCAUUGCCACAUUCCUUUCUCUACUGACUGCAGCCAUUCUUUGUGUAUUUAUGAGAUACCGGGAAACAUCGAUUGUUAAAGCCAACAACCACGAUCUAAGUUAUCUCCUCUUGCUCUCCCUCUGCCUUUGCUUCCUGUGCUCAUUAAUAUUCAUUGGACGACCUUUGAAGUUGAAUUGUAUGUUUCGUCAAAUUAGCUUUGGAAUGAUAUUUUCUGUCUGCAUUUCCUGCAUACUUGCAAAAACUAUCACAGUAAUAAUAGCAUUCACUGCUACAAACCCAAACAGCAGUAUGAGGAAAUGGGUGGGGCCAAAGACCCCAACAAUCAUUAUAAUAACUUGUGCAUUGAUUCAGUUUGUUAUAUGUGUUGUCUGGUUAGCUAAGAAUCCUUCCUUCCCACAAAAUAAUUUUGUUUCAGAAGAGGGCAAAAUAAUUCUAGAAUGCAAUGAAGGUUCUAUAAUCAUAUUCUAUUGCAUGUUAGGAUACCUUGGUGUUCUUGCUUGUCUUAGUUUCUUAAUUGCUUUCUUAGCAAGAGUAUUGCCUGAUACUUUUAAUGAAGCCAAAUAUAUUACAUUCAGCAUGACUGUGUUUGCAAGUGUUUGGAUUACUUUUGUCCCAGCAUAUCUGAGUACUAAAGGAAAGUACAUGGUUUCUGUAGAAAUAUUUGCUAUUUUAUCUUCAAGUGUUGGUCUAUUAAGCUGUAUAUUUUUCCUUAAGUGUUACAUAAUACUAUUAAGACCUGAGCUAAACACCAAAGAAUAUUUAAUUGGAAAGCAGUCAUUAGUAACAAAAAAAUAA